AUGGAGAGGUUGCUGCAGGAGCUCAGCUCAUCUUCCAAGCUCUUAAUUGACUAUAAGGAGAUGUAUGAGUAUGAGAACCGUCUGAAAACCUUCACCAAGUGGCCCUUCCAGGAAAACUGCAGGUGCACUCCAGAGAACAUGGCAAAGGCUGGCUUCAUCCACUGCCCAAGUGCAAGUGAACCAGAUAGCGCAAAAUGUUUCUUUUGCUUGUUAGAACUGGUGGGCUGGGAACCAAAUGAUGACCCAUGGGAGGAACACACCAAACAUCACACCUGUGACUUUUUAGCCCUUCCCAAGCACUUUGAUGAUCUGACAAUGGAGGAGUACUACAUGCUGGAGCUGACACGGGUGAAGAUCUUCAUUCGCAAAGUUGGCAACCGCACAAUAAACGCUUUUGAAGAAGAAGUCACGGCGACGAGGCAGAGGCUGGUGAAUUACUUCGGCUCCGGAGCCUCGCUGCCGGCACCGCUGCCUGUCGAGGAUGAGCCUGCAGCCCAGCAGCCGGGAGGCUCAGCUGCCGGCCCCAAGGAGCCCAGGACAAGUGAGCUGUGA